AUGAGCGCUAUGGAUAACAACGAGACGACUGAGAUGAAGGUCGGACAUCCACCAGCAACCAUGGUUGGCGGACGUCGCAUCGUGAAUCGCAAGGAUCGCAAGGCGUCGGAUUCCAAUGAGCACACCAACUCGGAGAGCUCCGAUGAAGUCGUUCGCGAGAUUUUGGAUGCGGAUUUGCCGGCAAAGAUGGACCGCUCGUAUCCAACUGAAGCUGUCAAACGGGUCCACGAGAAGCCGCAACCGGCCAUUCAACCAAACCACGUGUUCCGUGCCGACAAGUCCGGACAGCACCAAUUCCAGCCACGCAAACAGACCCAUUAA